AUGACAUCGAUCAGUCCACAGAACAUGUCAACGAACAGCUGGAAUUCCUUGCCAAAAUCAGAACGAAAUAAAAUUUUUCUGCAAGUCCAAGAAGCUAACAAUAAAGCGAAGUUGGUAAUCGACGAUCAUCAGAAAACGCUCUCUGAACUACGUAAAAAGAUUCCGGAAGAAUGUUUGGAAAUGUUCGAGAAGGAAAAAACAAUCUUACUGCAACACUACACAACUGCUGAGUUGCUUCCACAUCUUCCGAAAGAAGGAUUAAGCAACGACGAAGCUCAACGGAUGAUAUCCAUUAUCAAGGAGAGAGUGGAAGCUCAAGUAGCGGAUCAGGAAGAGAGUAAAAUCAUAAAACAACAAAUUGAAAAGCAACACCAGGAGAACGAACAACUUCGUCAAAAAAUCCGCGAUUUGGCUGGAGAAAUUCUUCGCGAGUGCGAAGAAAACUGA